AUGGCUCCCACACCAGUAAGCGACAACCCAUCCACCCAAACAAGAACCACUGCUUCACAUAACCGCACCUACUGGACAAAAUCCCACAUCGCCCUAACCAUCGUCUUCGGCCUCCUCUUCCUCGCCCUCUUCCUAGCAGCCCUCCUCUUCUUCCUCCACCGCCGCUCCCAAGCCAAGAAAAAAUCCCUCUCCCACCGCCAAUCCGACAGCGCCGCCCUCCUCUCAAACGAAGACAAAACACACAUGUUCAGCCGCAAUCGCGCAAGUAGUGUUCCCCUAUAUCUCGACCAGGAUGCUACAACCCAUUCCACAAAUCCACAAAACACCCAACCCCUCACCCUCGUGCCCCUGCAAAUCACACCCAUACACCAACAACAUACUGCCGUUCCACCCUCCACCAUCACACAAAGUUCGGGCAGUGGCGUUACAGAUCGAAGUACUCCUACUCUCUACACUUCUGCUACCACAACCACCACCAUUACCACUUCUACAAUCACUCCUUCCUCCACACUCCUUCUAAGCCCCGUCUCCCCGCUCUCCAACUACGACCCCGAUAUGGAUAUUGAGUCCGCGUCUCGUGCGCGCAGCGCGAGUUCUGCAAGUCAGCGGGCGCGGUAUUAUGGGGGUGGGCCGUUGAGUGGUGAGGUUUCGCCGGUUGCUAGGGUUGCGGGGUCGGGAUAG